CGUUGGGGCUCAGUAUUUGUUCGUUUGUUGUUACGGCAGCCGCCUGUCGGUCGUUAGUUUUUGUUUUCGUUCAUUUGUUUAUACUCUCGCGGCACUUCGCCCCUCCCGACCGCACAUAACUCGUUUGAGCGGGCAGCACUAAGACACCCAUCAAGAUCACCAUCAUGGAGGCACUGGGGGACCUAUUGGCGCCUCAUAGCGAGCUCAUCGCCAAGGUAGCCGGCACCAUCACUACCCUGCAGUUUCUGUCCGGCGUGGCGCUGAUGAACGACAUCCGGAAGAAGGGCAGCAGCGAUGUCUACCCGGUGGGUCCGUUUCUCGGCGGAGUGGUGCUGACCGUUCUCAGCUUAAAGCUGGCAAAUAUUAUGAACGAUGCUGCCAUGAUCAAUACCAAUUUAAUUGGACUGGUCAUCAACUUCGUCUUCCUGGUCGGUUUUUACUACUACGCCUCCAGCGGCAGCAGGGGCACCAUCUGGAAGCAGGUCGGCUGCUCCUCGGUGUUCCUAUUGGUCGUCACUGCAUAUGCCAACUUCGAGGAUCCCGCCAAGAUCGAGUUCCGUCUGGGAAUGCUGAUCACAGGCAUCCUGGUGUGGUUGGUGGGCUCGCCGCUCCUCCAUCUGCCGCAAAUCAUUGAGAAGAAGAGCACCGAGGGCAUGCCCUUCCCAAUUAUCCUGGCCGGUAAUAUGGUGGCUGCAUCCUGGAUGGUGUACGCCAUAUCCAUCAAGAAUACUGUGAUGGUGCUCCAGAAUCUGCUGCUGCUGGUGUUGGGAGGAAUUCAGCUCGCCAUGUUUGCUAUUUAUCCCAAUAAGCCGGCGGCUGCUAAGAAGCCCAAGGACAGCAAGAAGGACAAAUAAUUGAAAUCGAUCGCUUUUACCUAGAAAAAUGGACAAAUAAUGGGUUGUUGCAACAACAUUACCAAGUAAUACGUAGUUAGGCUCGAGGAAUAAUCAAAUUAUUGCUUGAAUUUACACUAAACCGCCACAACUAAACUAACUUUGAGCUAGACAAAUUAUUUUUCGAUAUAAGAAAUAUUUUCUUAGAACAAAUCCAGUUAAGUUGCUAGCUAAGCUAAUUGUUAUUAACUGUUAUCAUAUUGACUAUAUUAUUGUAUAUAACUACUACAUACUUGCAAUUUUUGACAAUAAUUCAAAUCUUCCAAAUGCAUAAUGCGUAUUUAUAAAGUCAACAUAAAUGUGUAAUAAUGAACAAGGUUACAAAAUCGAGUGAGUUGUCUAUAUAA